UGAGUCAGCCACCAGACCAGAUAAACAAGCCGGCCUGUCACCGCUGCUGCUUUCUGCAACUAAGAAGGGAACUCCCUUGGAUCCUGCCCAGGACCUGGAAUUCCGAAGCACACCGGCCAGGCACCUUUGUACCCAGCUCCCCACUGCUCGGGUCCCACCUUCCCCUCCUUUCCCCGCCCCGUGCCUGGGUGGAGCCAGCUGCCAAGGCGCCAAAGCUUCCCAGUCCUCCCUCUGUGCUCAGCCCAGACUGGAGGCCAAAAGAGGGCUCUGUGCCCAGCCCCGAUGAGGACCCUACUGACCAUCCUGGCUGCGGGAUCCCUGGUCGCUCACAACACUGAGGACACCUCGAAUCUCCUUCAGCACGUGAAAUUCCAGUCCAGCAACUUUGAGAACAUCCUGACGUGGGACAGCAGGCUGGAGAGCUCCCCAGACACCGUCUACAGUGUCCAGUAUAAGACCUACGGAGAGGGAGAGUGGCUGGCGAAGGAGGGCUGCCAACGGAUCACCAGGAAAUCCUGCAACCUGACCAUGGAGACAGGCAACCUCACGGAGUUCUACUACGCCCAGGUCACGGCCAUCGACAGGGAAGGCCAGUCAGCCACCAAGAUGACCGACCGGUUCAACUCACUGCAGCACACUAUCAUCAAACCACCGGAUGUGACCUGUAUCCCCAAGGUGAGAUCCAUCCAGAUGAUUGUCCAUCCCACCUACACGCCCAUCCAUGCAAAGAAUGGCCACCGGCUAACCCUGGAGGACAUCUUCCAGGACCUCUUCUACCGCUUAGAGCUGCACAUCAACCACACCUACCAAAUGCACCUCGGAGGGAAGCAGAGAGAAUUUGAGUUCUUUGGCCUGACCCCUGACACGGAGUUCCUUGGGACCAUUAUGAUUUUGGUUCCAACCUGGUCCAAGGAGAGCGCCCCCUACAAGUGCCGAGUGAAGACACUGCCAGAUCGGACGUGGACCUACUCCUUCUCCGGCGCCUUCCUGUUCUCCAUGGGCUUCCUGGUCGCUGGGCUCUGCUACCUGAGCUACAGAUACGUCACCAAGCCGCCACCACCUCCCAGCUCUCUGGAUGUCCAGCGUGUACUCACCUUCCAGCCUCUGCGGUUUAUCCAGGAGCACGUCCUGAUCCCCGUCUUUGACCUCGGCGGCCCCAGCAGUCUGGCCCAGCCUGUCCGGUACUCCCAAGUCAAGGUCUCCGGGCCCAGGGAGUCCCCAGGAGCCCCACCACAGCCCAGCCUAUCUGAGAUCGCCUACCUCGGGCAGCUGGACCUCUCCAGCCUCCAGCCCGCCAGAGGGCAAGCUCAUCAGACUGUCCCCCCACUGUCCUAUGCCCCACAGGCAGCCUCUGAGGGCAAGCCCCCAUGCUACGCACCUCAGGUAUCCUCUGAAGUUCAGCCCCCGCUCUACACUCCACAGGCCAUUUCUGAGGUCCAGCCUCCUUCCUACACCCCUCAGGGUGCUCCAGACAGUUGGCCCACUUCCUACGGGAUAUGCCUGCAAGGCUCUGGCAGCGACUCCCCACCUGUGACAUUCUCCAGUCCCAAACAGCUCAGAACCAAAGGUCAGCCCCAGAAAGAGGCACUAGCUGGAAGCUGCAUCUCCGGUGGCCUUUCUCUGCAGCAGGUAACCUCCUUGGCUCUGGAGGACCCUGAAGAAGCAAAACCCUUCCACCAGCAUCUGGGGGCUCACACGGACAGAGUACCCGACUCUAACGUCAUACACAGAGGGGAGCCAGGGACACCCAGGUACCUAAAGGGCCAGCUACCCCUCCUCUCCUCUGUCCAGAUCGAGGGCCACCCCGUGUCCCUCCCAUUGCACACUCCUUCCCCACCAUGUUCCCCUACUAAUGAGAGUCCAAGGCCCUGGGGCCUGCUGGAGUCCCUUGUGUGUCCCAGUGAUGAGGGUCCAGUGUCGGAGACUGAGGUCAAGAGCCCAGGCCCUCAGGCCCCAGACCUGGAGCCGCCCACGGAGCUGGACUCUCUUUUCAGAGGCCUGGCCCUGACUGUGCAGUGGGAGUCCUGAACGGAGAACUGGGCAGGCCUGGGGCUUCCUGUUGCCGCCACCUGCCUCCAUCCUCAGCCACCCCUCCCACACUCUGCUGCCCAUCCCCAGGCAUGUGCCCUUGAGGAACCAGCAGAAGGAGGACCCUGGGGCACUGCUGUGGCCAAGCUCCCACGGUAGCAAAAGGGCAUGAGAAGAACGCCAGCCAGAGGGGAUACUGAAGUGUAUCUUGUGCACAUGAGUUUGUGCAAAUAAGCAUGUGCACACCAAGCCCUGCAGGGCAGGACGGGACAGUCAGAGGGCAGGAGUUAAUGCAGGGAGACUUCCCAGGGAUCCAGGGCCCCAGCUUCUACUACGCUGGACACAGAGCUCUCCAGGGGCCCACCUAUCUGCACUCCAUUCCUGGCUAGUUUCAUCAUCUAAUUCAGCAGAAUGAAGUCUCUGCCUCCUCGGUGAUUCCCCAAAGAGGAAGAAAGGAGCCUGGAAAAGGAUGCCUCAUAGCAGAUGGGGCAGAACCAGAACAACCUGCAUGUCUGCCAAGUCCAGGGGCAGCAGAAUGGCAAGACUGCAGGGUGGGUUGCAGCCUGUGGCUCAUCCCAACCCAGGCUACUGCCUAACAUGGCACCAUGUCAGCUUCAUUCCCUGGCUGAGGCUUUACCCCACAUAAAGCGCAGGUCCACCAGGGAGGGAGAACACAUGACCCUUUUCUGUUGGCAGGAGUUUCAGGCUCUAUCCUGGGAGCAGGGUUUGAAAGAAAUACGGGGCCAUGUGGUGCCUGAAGGAGACACAAUUAUAAACUGUACUUACUUCACAGCUUUGGAAGCUCAGCCCUGGGUUCAGCCCAUAUGGGUUGAAAUUCCAAUCUUACUACUUACCAGCUGUGUGACUUCAAGCAGAUGAAUCCCUGCUAAAAACCUCAGUUUCCUCAUCUGUGUAGUGGGGACAACACCUACCUCACGGAUGGUGAGGAUGAAAUUAAAUCAUGUCUAUAAAGUAUUUAAUAGUGCUGGCACCUGGGCAGAGCCCAAUAAACAGUAGCUAUUU